CGCCCUCCCGCCGGUUCGCGGCAGCCAUGGGGUCGCGGGAGCCGUGCCGGAGGUUGGAGGCGGUGCUGGGUGCCCUCUAUGACCUGGGUGAGGAGCGGGGAUACCGCGGAGCUGCGGGGAACGGCGAAGCGAGAGGAGCGUCGGGAGAGGAAAAGAUCCUGGGAGAGCGGGAAGCAUCGGGAAGUGGCGGGGAAGAGGCGGCGGGGAUGGGAGGGGGCGGGCGGCGGGGACCCCGCGAUUUCUUCGGGGAUCUGCGGGCAGAGCUGAGCGCUGCCGAACCCCCCUCCCCCGCAACCCCUCCGACUGUGGAAGUGGUGGUGUUCCACGCGAGGAAGAGGAAGAGGCGGCCCAGCCCCUCGGCAGCACCCAGCGGGGGUGCCCAGACCAAACAAGUGGAUGAAGAGAAAAAUGGGAGCAAAGAAGAAUUUAACUUGGAAAAAGCUCGUCUGGAAGUGCACAAGUUUGGAAUCACUGGCUACAAGAAGCAGGAACAACGGGAAUGGGAACAGGAACGUGCUAUCAUGCUGGGAGCCAAGCCCCUCAAAAAGGAACACGGGAACUACAAGACUUACCAGGAGAAAACAAAAGAGAAAAAAGCAGCCAAAGAUGAUGAUAAGGGAAAGGAACACAUGGGUGAGCCUCUGAAGAAGAAGAAGAAGGAGCAGAAAGAGAGAAAAGGCAAAAGGAAGAAGUUGGUGCCCAGCAUUUGGUCUGCAGGACAAGUUGGGAAAUUCAGAAAUGGGACUUUGAUUCUGCAGAGUCGUGACAUAAAGAAAAUUAAAUCAUCCAAAGUUAUCAAGUGAACUUCUCCUACAGACUGAAAUGGACAAUAUGCAUGAGAGAGAGUUUGCAAUGCUACCAACACAGACUAAGGAAGCUUCUCCCCUCCCCUCCAUAUCUUAAUUUUUUCUCUAUUAUUUGUUGCAGGAUUUUCUGUAUUUCAUUCUGCCUUGGGAAGAGUAUGAAAAUUUACCACUUUAUAAUAAGAUUUUUUUAA